AUGAAGAUGUAUUCAAGUUUGAUGGUGAUCUGUUGUUUUGCAAUGUCAGAACAAUCAUGUUUGUGUGGAUCCUGGUAUACACAGGACAUUGUUUGUGACAGCAAAAUAGUCGUUAAGGCUAAAAUUGAAUCAUUUUCAAUGAAUGAUUACUACAAAAAUUACCAAAUAUCCGAGACAAAGAUCUAUAAAGGGAAAGGAACGUAUGAUACCUUAACUGAUAAAACGACACUGGAGACACCAAUAAGUUAUAUGGCAUGUGGACCCGUAGAUUUGAAAGUAGGAUCAAGCUAUAUUCUCACAGCCUCUAUACAUAAUGGCAAAAUGGAAAUUAGCAGUUGUGACCUCAAAGUUGAGGCUUCCAAAGCAUCGAACACCAUGUUAGAAGGCCUUGCUGGAAAAUAUGAAGAGAACUGUGAUUGCAAGACGCCAAAUGAGUUUGAUCAACAGAUUGUACUUUGGCGUACCAACAAGCAACAUUGUGGAUACCCACAUUGUAAUGACAAUGAUGAUCUCGUAUGUGCUAGGGAUGACAAUGAUUGUAAAGAUCAAGGAUGUACUGGAACCGAUUCUGUUUAG